AUUGAGGACGUAUGCAGCAGCAGCUCGAAGAGCACUGCUUUCAUCCCUCGAUCUUUUUGGGGAUCUGAGCUGACUCUCUUGUUAGUAACGAAGCUACUCCAGCGACCGAUCUAUCUGGUCGUGGCACCAAGUGGUCUCGCUGAUGCUAGUUAUCAGAUUUUCAAGCCCAUCCGUAAAGUUACUUCUACUCAUGAGCUGAUGUCCGCAGGAGAAUUUAAAUAUGGAGGUGAAUCGGUUGGCCAAUGGCUAACAUCGCUGCAA